AUGCACUUCCGGAACAUUGCGUUGGCUUUAAGCCUCACAAGCCUCGGUCUUGCCGCUCCUCUGCAGAGCACUAGUGUUGCCUCUGACAAGGAAGACGUCUCUUCAAUUGUCAACUCUGCCUACGGCAAAUACAAGGAGGAGCGGGCUACAUCUGAUGAGGAUGUCUCCUCCAUCGUGAACUCCGCCUACGGCAAAUACAAGGAGGAGCGGGCUACAUCUGAUGAGGAUGUCUCCUCCAUCGUCAACUCCGCCUACGGCAAAUACAAGGAGGAGCGGGCUACAUCUGAUGAGGAUGUCUCCUCCAUCGUGAACUCCGCCUACGGCAAAUACAAGGAGGAGCGUGACGCACCUAACGAGGAUGUCUCCUCCAUCGUCAACUCCGCCUACGGCAAAUACAAGGAGGAGCGGGCUACAUCUGAUGAGGAUGUCUCCUCCAUCGUGAACUCCGCCUACGGCAAAUACAAGGAGGAGCGUGACGCACCUAACGAGGAUGUCUCCUCCAUCGUCAACUCCGCCUACGGCAAAUACAAGGAGGAGCGGGCUACAUCUGAUGAGGAUGUCUCCUCCAUCGUGAACUCCGCCUACGGCAAAUACAAGGAGGAGCGUGACGCACCCAACGAGGAUGUCUCUUCUAUCAUCAACUCCGCCUACGGCAAAUACAAGGAGGAGCGUGACGCACCCAACGAGGAUGUCUCCUCCAUUGUCAACUCUGCCUACGGGAAAUACAAGGACACAGCUUAA